GUGUGAUAUCAAUAUCCAUAUAUAUGAAUUUUUGAGAAGAAGGAGGAGGAGUAGCUUGUCUAGGUAUAAUGUUAAGAUUGCUAGAAGUGAAGAGAAUAUGGAAUUUUUGACAGUAAUAGCAGACAAUAAUAGCUUGAGUAGGAGUUUUAAAGUAAUGAAAAGAUUUGACGAUAUUGUAUUCAGAUGA